CACUCAUAAAAUAACUUCCAAAGUCGGUGGUCGCGAGGAAAAUAUUUUAACAAGUUUUUCGUAAUAUAGUUAAAAAUCUAACUUAAAUAGGCAGAAACAACUGCAUUUAAACGCACCUUUAAUAAUCUGAAUGAACGCUUGGUUGUCGGUAAAUGUAACAAAAAUUUACUUAGUUUUGCUUGUGUGUACGGAAAGUAGAAAGGGCAACACGAAAAAAGGCAAAGAGAAAACGCGCAAAUAAUUGUGCAAAAAAAAAAAACGAAAUCCAAAAAGAGUGUAUUGAAGAAAGCUACAACAAAAAAUAUACAUAGUGACAAAUCAAAGUGAAAAAAAAGCAUUUACCAAUAUAUUUACUCAAAUAAAAAGCAAAAGUGAAAUAUAUUGUCAAAACACAAAGUCUGCAAAAAAGCAGUCCACCCAUCAAAGUAGUCUCAUCACGCUAAGUCACAGUGACAGCAGGAUUUUAAGGAUAUUUUUCAUUCCAAGAAGAUAACCAACCAUACAACUCAAUAAGUAAUUCCUUGGGUAUUUUUCCACACCCAUUUGGUACUGAAACUCAAGCCGCACCAACUUAGAGAACUGACGCAAUUUUUAUAUACACAACAAACUUAGAAAAUAUUGAUCCUAGAAGAUUUAUACAAACAACCAGAAGCAGAGAGAGAGAGAGAGAGAGUGAAAGAGAGAGGCAGUGACGUUACAAAGCAUUACAAAACCAACGACGACGCAUACAUCACAGCAUCUCAGUCAAAAUGAGUAAAAAGCCAGCAGCAACACCCGCGUUACACAAAGUGAUUAUGGUUGGUAGUGGUGGUGUUGGUAAAUCAGCACUCACACUACAGUUCAUGUACGAUGAAUUCGUUGAGGACUACGAGCCAACCAAAGCAGAUAGUUAUAGGAAAAAGGUUGUUUUAGAUGGCGAAGAAGUACAAAUAGAUAUAUUGGACACAGCCGGCCAAGAAGAUUAUGCUGCCAUCCGUGAUAAUUACUUUCGUAGUGGUGAAGGUUUCCUGUGUGUAUUUUCCAUAACAGACGACGAAAGCUUCCAGGCUACACAAGAAUUUAGGGAACAAAUUUUGCGCGUUAAAAAUGACGAAAGCAUACCAUUCCUGUUGGUUGGCAACAAAUGCGAUUUGAGUGACAGGCGCAGAGUUUCCCUGAACGAAUGUCAGCAGCGAGCCCAGCAAUGGCAGGUGCCAUAUGUGGAAACAUCGGCCAAGACACGUGAAAACGUCGAUAAGGUAUUUUACGAUCUUAUCAGGGAUAUAUCAACACGUAAAACAACGUCAAACCGAGGUCCGGGAGCCGACAAAAACCAAAACUCAUUGCUGCCAAUUGCUGUAAUAAAUAAACAAACAACAACAAACACACCACAUAACUAAAUAAGGCAGGCAUAUGAGUCAAUAGCAAAUCAAUUUUA